AUGGCUAGUUUAUUGCGUACUACAUUAAUAUCAGAGAGUGAGAACAGUUUCUUUGACAAAUUCAACCGUAGAUCUGACACAUUGACAGAAUUUUAUCUCCGAUACGAGAGUGCUAUGGAGAAGCAAAGGCAUACAAACGCAAGAUUAAACUAUGAAGGAACAAAGUCGAUGCCAAGAAUGGACACGCCAUUGUUAUUGGAGAGGGAUGCAGUAGAGUUGUACACUCGAACAAUGUUUUAUGAGGUACAAAAAGAGAUAAUGUCAUCCUGUUAUGAUAUGAGUAUCAACAGUAUAUCAGAAGAAGAUGGUGUGAAGGUUUUUUCCAUAAAGGACAAAAAGAGACAUGGAAAAAUAUUUGAGGUAAAACUUAAUCAUGGAGAUUGA